UUGGGCUACCAGCAGCCCAGUCGAGUCGGCCGGCGACGGCAGUCUCCUCUCUCCGCUCGCCAGUCGCCACCGCUUCCGCUUUGCCUCCGGCCUCGUCGGCAUCCACCCCUCCUCCGGCCGCACGCCCGCGCACCUCACCAGCGUCGGCCCCCGUGACUAGGCUACGCCAGUCUCCACUCGCCACUGCUCCCGCGCCGCCUCCGAUCUCGCCGCCAUCCAUCCGUUCCGGCCGCGCGCCCGCGCACCUCACCAGCGUCGUCGACGUGGCAAACUGUGACGCCUGCCCUCAGUGAUGCCGCAGAAGGUGCGCGUCGCCGCAUCCAGCAAUGGCGUGCUGCCUGAAGACAUGCUGCGUCACAUCCUCGUGCGCCUCCCGGCAAAGACGCUAUGCCUCUUCCGAGCAGUCAGCCGAUCCUGGAGGUCCCUCCUCUCAGAUCCGCUCUUCGUUGCAGCGCACAAGUCCCGCCACCCUGGGCCACUAGUUGUCACAUGUACCAGUGAAUUGUGUCAAAGAGGAGGCACCAUUGAGAUUAUGGACUUGUCUGGCCAUGUCGUUAAGCGGAUAGCCACCAGCAUGGAGAAUGCCCGGUUGGAAUGCACACGCCACCUGGACCUUAUUUGUGUCGCCAGAAAUGAGCAUCGUUCGACCCGCCAUGUGAUCAACCCUACCACGGGGGAUACUUUUGCAUUGCCCAGUCGCUGUGCAAAGGAGCAUGCACAUGUGAAACAUUUCUUCCCACAAUCAUUUGACUUUGGACAGGUUGGCUCCACGGGAGAGUACAAGGCUAUACGCUGUGUCAGCAUUGAUGAUUCCGAGAGUGAGUCCAGCCCGAUGCUCUGUGAGGUCAUCACCCUUGAUGAUGGUCGCCAUGCAAGAUGGAGGGGCAAACAGGGCCCUCCGGCCCCUGUCGCAAGUAACCGUAACAAAAGUGUCGUUGUCAACGGAGUCGUCUAUUUCUUGUUGGAAUUUCGACGUCCCACAUUUUCUGGGGACCAUGUCGAACAUGGUAGCAUGGCUUUGUUCAAUCUUGAGACAGAGGAGUGGAUGGGGAUUGUUCAAGGUCCAAUGCCAGUGCGCAAUGGCGGUUACUUUAGUCUAUUCAUGGAGCUAUCGCUGGUAUGCUUGGAUGGGUUCUUAGUUAUGGCACACAAUCCUGAAUAUAGCUCUUUGGACUUGUGGUUUUUGAUGGAUGCUGAGGAAUCUCUCUGGAAUAAAAGGUACAGCAUAGAUGGCCAGCAUGAAAUUCUCUUUGCUCAACCCUUAGAAAUUCUAAGUGAUGGGCGGAUAGUCCUCUCUGCACCAGGACGGCUAAGGCUCUACAAUCCAAUUACCAAGACUUUCACUGAUUUUGAGAUGAGAAAUUCCACAUUUGUUGGUACUUACACUGGAAGUCUAUUGUCUUCAGAGAGCACUUUCACUUCUGAGGCUGAACGUUGCACUGUCUGUGGCUGCUAUGGCACCCUUGAAACCAUCGAACCUUAUGCACUCUGCGAAGACUGUAUGUUGCAUCAAGCCUUGCUUUUAUUGCAGCGUCUGGAAGGCUGCGCUCAACUGGACACACUUUCAGGAAUUACCAACUGAUAGACAAUUUCAAGUAUGGUCCAACAAAAUCAGUUUUCAAAUGUCAGCCUAGUUGUUUUUUCAGAGAACAUUGUUGUUUGUAUGUUCUUUUUAUGAUUGAUGAAACUUAUUUUGGAACAUAUAUUUAUAUUUGGUACGGAAGAAAAUAAGCUUGAUCGUGU